GGGGGUACGCGGGGGAGUUCGCGCCGGGGGCAGAGCAGCUGGGUCUGGACCCCCUGAGUGGCGGCGUGCAGGUGCGCCCCGUGCUGACCGACCCGCGGGUCGCCUCCGAGGUGCUGGAGCUGCUGCUGCGCCUGGCCACCGCCUACCAAAACUACCUGGACAACAUCGACCGGGCGCUGCAGGAGCUGCUGUCGUGUCUGGAGCGGGACGGCAAGGGCACCUUCCUGGCGCUGCUGCGGCGCUUCGGACGGCCCGUCAAGGUGAAGCAGCCCAAGAAGAGGAAGAACAACAAGAGCGGCAACGACGCGGGGCAGGACAAGGCAGCUUCGGGGGCUGGGACAUCUGAGUCGGCGGUUGCAGGUGCUACGAGUAAUGCGGGCGGCGCUGAGAACGGAGAUGAUGACGAGGAGGAGGGGGAGGAGGAUGAUAUCAGUGAGGAGGAGGAGGAGGGUGGGAAGGACGGUGCCGCUGGCAAACCCGGGGAAGCAGCCAUUGUGAAGGCGCCAGGUCCGCUGCAGCAGCAGCCUGAAGCGCCGCCGGAGACCGAUUCGCAGCGCAGACAGCGGCUCAAGGAGGCGGCGAAGAAGCAGGCCGAGGAGGAGAAGAGGAAGCGGGAGAAGGCCAAGUUCGGGGGUGCCCCAGUGCGCAUCGCCCACCCGCCCCACCACCACGUGCGCCCGCUGCUGAGUGUGCGGCAGAUGGCGCGGUACGGCCCGGGGGCGGAGCUGGAGGUGUGUCUGCGCAAGCCCGCGGCGCACCUGGCUACGCUGGCCUUCCUGGCGUCGGUGUGCAGGUCCAUCACCGCGGCCCAGGACCAGGUGCCCGAGCUGCAGGCGGGCACGGGGGACAGCGGGGCGCAGGCGGCGGCAGCGGGGGGGCAGAGGAGGAAGAACGCGAACAUGCGGGGCUCGGCAGCCUCCCCCGGCCCCCUGCGGUGGCUGUGGCAGCGGCUGGCGGGGGCGCAGAUCGUGCGUGUGCUGCCGCUGGGGGCGGACGUGCACCCCAUCUUCAAGGUGUCCCCCACCGCCCGUGUGGCCCCCGCCGCCACCGCGGACCACAGAGUGGUGCUGCGCGGGCUGGGGCGGGGCGUGCUGGCGGCGGAGGGCGGCGGAGGAGCCGGGGAGCGGGCGGGGCUGGGGCUCACGUGGGGGGAGCGGCUGGACGAGUGGAUGGAGCAGCGGCUGCUGGCGGGCACCUUCCUCUCCCGGGUGCUGCUGGCGGUGUGCACGGCCUGCGUGUGCCUCACCUGGCGGGUGGUGCCGCUGCUGGCGGAGCGGAGGACCCACCGGUCGGAGAUGCGGCAGGCGGUCAACAUGGCGCGACACCGGCACGCGGUACGGCAGCUGGAGCGGGCCAUCAAUGUACGGCCGGAGGAUGACGAGGCGCUGGAUGCGGAGGUGGCGGAGCUGCACAAGGCCAUACAGAUGGCGCUGAAGGAGGCGGAGAAGGAAAUGGAGCUUGACGAGGAUGAAGACAAGAAGAGCAAGAACCCCAUGGACCUGGACUCAACCUUUUGGACGGAGAAGGCUCCGCGCCGUGUGAAAGACAUGGCAGCCCUGCGCGCCGCCCUGCGCCUAGCUGAGGAGUGUACCCUGCACACCACCUUUGCGGGCGCGAGGCUCAUGUCAAACGCUCGGCGCUGCGCGGCCCGCAUGGCGGCGGCAUCCAGCGCCGCGCCUGGCGGCGGCGGCGGCGGCGCGAAGGGUGGCGUGGGUGGCCCCGGCGGCGGCGGCGACGAUACGGAUGAUGAGGCGGACAGGGUGAUUGAGGCGAUCUCCGCUGCGCCUCAGAAGAAGAAGCAACCCCCACCGCCGCCGCCGCCGAAGCCGGCGCCGGCGCCUCCUAAACCCGACAAGGGCGCUUCCGAGAAGGAGGUUAAGGCGGGUGACGGCGGCGGCGGCGGCAGCGGUAAGGCAUCCGCCGGGGCAGAUGCGGCCACAUCGUCCAAGUCUCUGCAGCUGGCGGCACGACUGUUCGGCGGCGGCAGCAAGCCUGCAGCUGCAGCUGCUGCUGGCGGCGGCGAGGGCGGCAGCGGCGGCGCUCGCAAAUCCGCUUGGGGCGGCGCCCUGGCCGGCAUCGGAGCUGGCGGCGCUGCGGGCAUGGCGGCGGCCGCCAUGGCUGCCAAGCGCGCUGCGGAGUUCAGUAGGGUGCUGCGACGGGCGGUACGGCGGCGGGAGCACGCGCGGCGGCGGUGGGACAAGACGCUGUACCUGGUGAUGCAGACGGGUGCACUGGAUGAGGGGCUGCUGGCUCGGCAGUCGGCGGAGGCGGUGGCGCGGUUGCGUCGGGGCGCUGCGCUGUCGGCGUGGCGGCAGCUGCGGGGGGUGGGUGAGGACCUGCUGAUGGUGUUUGGUGCGGUGGCGUUCCGGGAUGUGGGCCGGCUGUUCGCACCCGCCAUGGCGGCGUUCCUGAUGGCGUUCCCCUUCGCGGUGCUGGGGGUGUCUGUGCAGCUGUCCCCCUCCGACCGCUCCUCCCGGCUGCUGCUGGGCGGGCUGGUGGGGUGCUACGUGAUGGCGGGCUUCUGCGCCAUGGCGGCCGCGGUGGCGCAACUGCGGCGCGACCCCAGCCAGCUCAAGGUGUACCGCCCCUCCGACACCAUCCGCUUCCCCAACUUCAGGAAGGGAACCGCGCUGGCCAGCUGGAAGGCCCACUGGGUCAACGUGUUCGCGCUGGUGACGCUGCUGCUGGAGUUCUGGCAGCUGUGCGCCUUCAGCUACCAGCGCCGCAUUCCCUACCCCAAGACCUCCUUCCUCAAGCGCAUCUUCCCCUGGGCGCUGCUGGACCUGGGGCCCGCAGCCUACUUCCUGCAGGUCUUCGCGCUGCUGGCUUUCAUGGUGGUGUGGAUCGCCGUGUUCUUCCCGCAGACCCCCGCCGGCCUCAAGCGCGUCAUCAUGCCCUUCCUGGGCCAGGCCGCCUACCUCACCAUCACCUCCGGCCUGCUCUCGCAGCUGGACUGCCGGCUAGGCGACGGCCGGCUGGUGCGCAACCCCGACAUCACCUGCUGGACGGAUCCACGGCACCUGUACGGCGCCAUUGCAGCGCUGCUGGCGCUGGGACUGUACGUGCCGCGAGCCACACUGACACCGUUUGAGGUUUUCUUCCCCAGUGAGAACCUUGACGUCAAGUACCGGGGGCUGUACGUGCGGGUGGUGCAGCUGCUGCGGCUGGGCAUGGCGGGGUACAACCUCUUCUUCGCCGACUCCUACCCGCUCACGGUGAUGGCGGGCAAUGCGGGCGUGUGCGCGCUGCUUGCCCUCAUGACGGCCAUCAUGCGGCCCUGCUGCAUCGGGGUGGUCAACAUCAUGCGGGGGACGGGGUUCGUACUGGCGACCUGGUCGCAGGUUGUGUCCGUGGCGGCUCUGCGCCUGAGCCCCCACGUGUUCCUGGACCCGCACAACCGCCAGUGGUACACCGACUCAUGGGUCUACGUGUACGUGCUGGUGUCGGGAUGGGUGGUCAUCGCGGCGGGCGGUUGGCUGCUGCUGCGGCGCCACCUGCGGCUGCGUCGCUCCGCCGCCAUUCAGUUCUCCCUGGCCCGCAGCCCCUUCAACUACACCCGCCCGCCGCCGCCUCGGCAGCAGCAGCAGCAGGAGCAGCGGGUGACGGAAGCAGCUGGGGUACACCAGCAGCAGCAGCCGCCGCCACAGCCGCAGCCGGCACAGCAGCCCCAGUCCGCUGCAGCGCCGACGGGAGCUGCAGCAGCAGCCGGUGAGGCGCCUGGGGGCAGCGGGGAACGGCAGCAGCAGCAGUCAGCCCCGCAGGAGGUGGCAGCCGGCGAUGGCAACGGUGGUGGUAGUGGUGGUGGUGGAGACAGCGGUAGGGCGGGUGCAGGUGCGGUGGGUGGGCAGGAGCGUGAGGGUGCGAGCGGGGCGGUUGGGGGCGGCGGUGGUGAGGUGGGCGAGGGGGAGAAGAGCCCCGCCAACAGCGGCGAUGGCGGGGGUACUGCUGCUGGCGAGAAGAUCGGAUCGGAUGCGGAGGAGAAGGACCAGGAUGAUGGUGUUGCGGUCAGCGAUGAUGAUGAUGAUGAUGAUGAUGAGGAGGAGGAGGAGGAGGCUGCCGCCGCCUCGAAGGCUGCCUCCGGCUCUGGCAAGGGCUCCAGGGCUGGGGCGGCGGCUGCCUCCGGUGCCGCGCUGGGUCUGCCGGUGGUGAUGGCGCCCCGGCUGCUUCGGGAGCUGGCCAAGCAGGGCCUGCUGACGCCCGCGGACGAGAUGCGCGCGUACAUGGCGGAGCUGGUGCGGAAGGCGGAGCAGCGGGUGGAUAACAGCGGUCGGGAGGACAGCAGUGACGAGGGUACGGGGGACGAGGAGGGAGAGGAGUAUGGUGAGGAGGAGGAGGAUUGAGGUGACCCGGCAGGGGUGGGGUUGCUGCCUGUGUGCCGCCUGCGGGCGGGUGAGAACUGUGGGAGCGGCAGGAGCAGGAAGAGGAGGAGGAGGGUGCGCAGGUGGUGAAGGAGUGUGAAGGAAGGGCGGUACCUGGCGCGCGCCCCGUGGUAGUGGUUUCGCCUAGCUUCGUUGAACUACUUGUUGUAUCGCUGCGUAUAUCGUAUUUGAGAGAAACACUUGGACUUGGGCGCAUGGCACCGUCUUUGUGCCCCUCUGGUGCGUGCUCUUAAUCGCAUGGCUCUUAUUCGCAGCGGUUAACCCACUGCAUGGCAUGUGGCUUGAUUGGCUUCCCGUUGUGAGCUGUCCUUUCGUCAAUGGAUUGCUGUGCACCUGCACUGCUCGGCAAGAACUGCUGCUGUUGCCAAACUGCCGUGUUGCCUCGCUUUCUGCGGUGCUCUCUUGGAGGGAUGAGGUUUACCAGGAAAGGUCGUGACGGGCGGGCGGGCGGUGGGUUUUACACAUGGCUUGUGCUGCAAGCUGCCGUUCUCGAGGACACUGUUGUUUAUUAUAGGCUACCUGUAUCAUCGUCAUGAUGUGUGCUGCGAUCCUUUCUUACCUGUUCUUCCGUACAUGCUUCGGGAGCCGGGACGGACGUCCCUUGCAGCUGGCAUGUGGAGCCGGUUGCAUGCUCCGCGGGGUUCCCCGGGGGCCCGCGGCUUGCGACUUCUUUCCCAACGAGCGGCUAUUCCUCCCUCAGCUGAGGGUCUUGAGGGCGUAUAUGUACAUACUUUGGACACUGUCAUCUUGAUGGUUACGGGGUCUUUCAACGUAAGCCAAGUGUAUAAGAGGUGUUGUGGUGUAUCUCUCGGUAUGCAGGAUAUCAGGCGAUUUGUUGCUGGCAGGCGAUCGUGGGUUUUGCUCCUUUAGGUUAUUCUCCCUGAUGUCUGUGCGGGUUUGGGUUCGGUGUACUGCAGAGCGUACGUAGCUUCUGCCUGGAGGAGCCUGGGUGAAAUUCUACGUUGGAACACUGUUUAGUAGUGCCCGGCUGGAGGAGGUGUCUGGAGGGGGCAGUGCAGGGGCCAGGUUGCCUGGGGCGUGUCAGAUGCCCGCUAAGCCGGGGGACCUAACGCUUAUUAGGACAGCGGACGCCGCCUGGAUCGCCCGCCCAUCGGACCGUAUGAGUGGAGGAAAUAAAGAUAUUAUAGAUACGUGGCUACCGAGCUGGGAAGGUCCCCAGGCUGGAUAUCGCUACAUGGCGAUGUGACUCGGACCGCCUACCGGUUAUGAAGGCCUUCCCCCUUGUUACGUUGCAUUCUACCGGUUAAUCUUUACAACCACACCUGAAUCCCAUAACAGGCGUGCACAGCACCACUUCCUUGUAACUACUACUGACACCG